UCACGUGACGGCGUCAUCCGGGUCCUUUGCCUUCUCUCCCUCUGCCCAACAUGGCGGCUUCAGUCUGAAGAGUGACUUUUAUAUGCCUUUGAAAUGCACCAGACUGCACCAUUAUCUGCAGGUAUUAUCCAAAAUAAGCUGGAAGCUAAGAAGAAGAACAAGAAGGGGAAAACCCUUACUCUGACGGACUUUCUGGCAGAGGAUGGUGGCAGCGGUGGUGGCGGUGGACCCACCUUUAUUCCAAAGCCAGUCAGCUGGGCCGAUGAGACAGACGACUUGGAAGGAGAUGUUUCCACCACUUGGCAUAGUAAUGAUGAUGAUAUGUACCGAGCCGCACCAAUUGACCGGUCCAUCCUGCCCACCGCACCUCGGGCUGCUCGGGAACCCAAUAUAGACAGAAGCCGUCUCCCAAAGUCGCCCCCUUACACUGCCUUUCUGGGAAAUUUGCCUUAUGAUGUGUCAGAAGAGUCCAUCAAGGACUUCUUCAGAGGACUCAACAUAAGUGCUGUGCGUUUGCCCCGAGAGCCUACUAACCCAGAGAGGUUGAAAGGUUUUGGUUAUGCCGAGUUUGAAGACCUUGACUCCUUGCUCCGGGCUCUGAGCCUCAAUGAAGAGUCUCUAGGGAACAGAAGGAUACGAGUGGAUGUUGCUGACCAAGCUCAGGAUAAAGACAGGGACGAUCGCUCCUUCGGCAGAGAUCGUGAUCGCAACCGGGACUCCGAGAGAUUUGAGACUGACUGGAGGGCUCGUCCUGCUACUGAUAGCUUCGAUGAUUACCCUCCACGCAGGAGCGAGGAUAGCUUUGGAGACCGGUAUCGGGACCGCGAUCGUUACAACGAUUCGGACCGGUAUCGCGAUGGCCCUCGCAGGGAUAUGGAUCGCUUUGGGGGCCGAGACCGUUACGAUGACCGUAGUAGAGACUACGAUAGAGGAGGCUACGAUUCCAGGGUGGGCAGCGGCCGGAGAGCCUUUGGCACUGGUUACCGUCGGGACGAUGACUUUAGAGGGGGCGGUGACCGUUAUGAAGAUCGCUAUGAAAGGAGGGACGACAGGGUGGACAGGUGGAGCUCCCGGGAUGACUACGCCCGGGAUGACAUUCGUCGUGAUGAUAGGGGUCCUACUCAGAGGCCAAAACUGAACCUGAAACCACGCAGUGCCCCCAAGGAGGAAGACUCUUCGGUGGCCCCUGCCACACAGUCCAGCCGCGCAGCCUCUAUCUUUGGGGGUGCCAAGCCUGUGGACACGGCCGCAAGGGAGCGGGAAGUGGAAGAACGGCUACAGAAGGAGCAGGAGAAGCUGCAGCGUCAACUGGAGGAUGAUAAACCAAGGCUAGAAAGGCGGCCCCGAGAGAGGCACCCCAGCUGGCGCAGUGAAGAGAACCAGGAGCGCUCACGGACAGGGAGUGAGUCCUCACAGACUGGGAGCACAGGCCCAUCCGUGGGAACUGGCCCAACAGGAAGAACCACCCGAAGGAGAGAGAGUGAAAAGUCCUUGGAAAAUGAAACCUUCAGCAAAGAGGACGAUGCCCCGUCUCCCACCUCCAAGAUCCCCAAGGAAGAGAAGCUCCCUUUGAAAGUGAUGCCAGCACCACCGCCGAAGGAGAACGCCUGGGUUAAACGCAGCAGCAAUCCCCCUGCCCGCUCCCUGAGCUCUGACGCGGAGCAGCACUCUCCUACAAGCAGCAGCCAGGCAGCACCAGCCCAGCUGUCAGAGGACAGAGCACCACCUAAGAGUGCUCCCAGGAAAGGAGAUGAGAACAAACUAGAUGAGGGGAAGGAGAGCGUUCCAAAAGGUCGAAGUGGCCCAGGAGACGGAGGUAGCAGAGAUCAUUGGCAAGAUUCAGAUAGGAAAGAGAGCAGGAAGGAUCAUGACUCGCAAUCUGCAUCUGAGCCAAAGAAACCUGACGAGAAUACAGCCUCUAAGUUCAGCUACGUUAGCAAGUACGCUGCUCUGUCAGUGGAUGGUGAAGAUGAAGUGGAGGAAGACAAUUACACUGAUUAAAAUCUCCAGACCCUGCGCUGUCUCCUAGCCGAUCGCCACCCAGGAACAUAGGAAAAGCAAACCAUACCAGACGAGACAGAAAUAAAAUGUAAAACUCAACAUCUCCUGGAGACCUUUCUUAAACUUUUUUUAAAAACGAAAGGAAACCAUUUCUCUUGCAUGCUGCUGCAGCCUUUAAAGUAUUGAACUAACUGGAGAAUCUCUGCAAAGUGUAGCGAGAGAGAAGUGCAAGUUUUAAAAAGAAAAGGGCGACUCAGCGUGGUUUCCAGCGUGACUUGAGCAUAGGCCCUGUCACUUAGAGUGGACGGUUUAACAUGUUAGCCAGCCAGGUGUCUUGGAGAAGCCUGAGCAGAUUGGGCAGUAGGACAGCUAAUUAAGGAAGAACUGGCUUUUCUCCCUCAUCUUGCUAGCCUAAAUGGAUGAAUUCUGCAAUGUUACCUUAAUAAAUGAUCACUUUGAAGGUAGGGUAUCUAGUCCAUGAGGUUAUUCUAGCUUCCUUCCUUAAGCGUCCAGCUCUUCCUUUCCAAAAUCCAGUGCAAUACAAAGCGUUACCCAGUGCACUAGGGAAGGAGAAGACUGUCUUGCUGUCCCAACAGUGGAGGAUGGGAUGAGACGUUGAGGUAGAGAGGGGGUGUUGAACUGUGCCCGUCUCUGAAAUGAGCUUUGAAUUCUGACAUUCGUCUCUGAAAGUGAUGCACCAGGUCAGGCCAUUUGAUCCAGGAAAGAACAGGCAGGCUUUCCAGUGAACACCAGCAGCAGCCCCCUGGGCAGUGAGGAGCCUCAGACAGCAGUCAGCUGGAAAAGAGUUGAGCCUGCUAACAAAGUAGUGAAAGUCCUCCCUUUGGAGGCACAAAUGCUCAGCUCCCCUCCUCCGAGCCCUGCUGGGACUGACAGACCUUUCAGGAUCUGUCAUCUUCCCAUGGGUUGGUAUCUGCCUCUCUUGGAAUCUCUUCUCCCCUCCUUAGCCACCUUCUCUCCACUUCUUUAAUCACCUGGUGUCACCCCUUUCACACACGUUUUAAAUAGCACCCCUCUCCUUGAGUGAGAGCUCCCUCUUCUGGCUGGGCAUGUAGACCUAUCGAGAUGCACGGGAGGGCAAGCUGGAUAGCCUCAAGACUGUCUCUGGGUGCACGGAGCAGUUUGCAUUACUGUUCCUGCCCCCUCUAUAUCUGCUUGUCCAACUCCCUCCCUCCACUUGGACAAGCAGGCAGACAGCGCUGGCGGCAUAGGCCCGUGUACAGGGAAUACCUGACCCAGACUUCCACUGAAGAGAGAUUCUCCAGUCCCUAAAUAUUCAGUGGCCUAAAACUGGCAAGGUCUUAAAAGUCAGAUUCUAAAUUUUUAGCUGUUUUAAUUUACCUCACUAGAUUUCCUGAGCUGACGGCAGAGUUGUGAUAAUCUCAUGGCAUAGUCAAGCCAUCACGAGGGUUUCACCGCCUUCUAAAGAAUACGGUUCUCAGAAAGAACCCAUUCAUGGUGUAGCAUAUCUGGAUUGCAAGACUAUAGACAAUACUCAUUUGAUUGACAAGGUGUGCACCCAUUCAUUCAUUGUCGCCUUUUUACCUUAGUUGGUGGGAGGAGAAUUGCACAAAUGCUUGUGACUUAGGACUGUCUCUCUCUGGGCAAACUCCACAAAGCACAGCUCUCUCUAUCGGGUGCUGGAUUUGAUGCAUUGUAAAGCUGCAGUUGGUUGGUUAUUUCAGUCACUUUUUAGCUAGUUUCAAAAACCCUUAAACCUGAGGUGUCAGCACGUACCACAGGGGGAUCACCACCGGGACAGCAGAGCUGAAUUUCAGACAUGGUAUUGUGUAGGUCUAAUUAACACACGGGCUGUAUUUGAGGUAUGACUUUUCAGAUGCAAUUUAGUGAUAAAGCAUUCUCUUCCCCACCCCCUCCUCUGCUGUCGGGACAGGGUCACACUGAUUGAGUUGCGUUUUACACAUUCUGAAGACAUGUAAAAUUUGUACAAAAAUAUCUUCUAUGAAAAUGAUUUGUUAUCUGUAGUGGACUUCCUGGGAGAUGUCUUUUAUUAUGUAAAAUCCCCUUUUUGGUUUUUUUGUUUUGUUUUGUUUUGUUUUUGUUUCCUCCAAAUAAAGCUAAUCUUUAAAAUA